CUCUCUCUCUCUCCGUCUGUCUGUCUCUCCGCAGAUCUCCAGCUCCUGCUGACCGUCCCUGUCCUCCUGGCCGCGCUCUGCGCCGCAGCCCCGGCGGAGCAGCUCGACACCUCGGGGGACGAGAUGAUGCAGGACACCAGCGGGGAGCAGAAGCGCCACAAGCCGCAGGAGAUCGCGAUUGCGGACCUCCUGCUGAGGAGCAUCACGAGGCUGCGGGAUGAGCAGUUUCAAAAGGACUUUGGAGAACCAGUGAAGAACAUGACGAAUUAUGAACAUGUGAGGAGGGAAAUGCCUUUAAUCAGGUCAGAAGACAGGUGCCGACACAAGAACUUCAGUGCACCAAGAUGCCUGAAGCAGAUUUAUGCUGUUUUAAGGAUAUAUGAAGGACACUUGGGCUACUUAGAGAAAGACAACCUAACUUCAGCUCGUCUCCCAGAUGUCAAACAUUGGACCUUCAGCCUAGUACAGUUCAUCAGAACCAAAAUGUCCAGUCCAGAAGACACAGACGUCCAGUCCAGCUCCAGCUCACUAAAGGAGGAAUCAGCCUGGAUGAAGAAGAUUUACACUCACUCCAUUCUCUACAACUUUACCUCCUUCCUGAUUGACGCCAACAGAGCGUUGAAACACAUGAACGAUAAAGGCUACGACUACGUCAAAACGGAAAAUAAAGGGCCAAAAUGGCCCUUAGAGAAGCACCAACACUGGUAGUAAUAUAUUAUAUAUAUUACUGUAAUAUUAAGGGGUGUAACUGGCCACAGAUCAACUGUGAUCCAUACGGAUCGUGCAGAACCACGACGCAGAUACAGAUCACAAAUGAUGUAAAACACUAAACACAAAAUGAAUGAUGUGUUUAACUUUUAUUUAUAUAAGUAAUAAUA